UGCGGCGCGGCCUGCGUCUCCGCCCCCAGAAGUCGCCUGCACGGCCGCUGCAGCCCGAGCCGCUCCUCUGGUCGCCGUCGCACCAUGGCGUUCGUAACCAGGCAGUUUGUGCGCUCCGUGUCCUCCUCGUCCACCGCCUCGGCCGCGGCGAAGAAGAUCAUCGUCAAGCACGUGACGGUCCUCGGCGGCGGGCUGAUGGGCGCCGGCAUCGCCCAGGUGGCUGCAGCCUCUGGCCACACAGUUGUGUUGGUAGACCAGACGGAUGAAAUCCUGGCAAAAUCCAAAAAGGGGAUUGAGGAAAGCCUUAGGAAAGUGGCAAAGAAGAAGUUUGCAGAGAACCCCAAGGCUGGUGACGAGUUUGUGCAGAAGACCCUGAGCAGCAUAACUACCACCACGGACGCAGCGUCUGUGGUGCACAGCACGGACCUGGUGGUGGAGGCCAUCGUGGAGAACCUGAAGGUGAAGAACGAGCUCUUCCAAAGGCUGGACAAGUUUGCUGCCGAACAUACGAUCUUUGCCAGCAACACUUCCUCCCUGCAGAUCACGAGCAUAGCCAAUGCCACCACCAGACAGGACCGCUUCGCUGGCCUGCAUUUCUUCAACCCGGUGCCCGUGAUGAAGCUCGUGGAGGUCAUUAAAACCCCAAUGACCAGCCAGAAGACGUUUGAAUCCCUGGUGGACUUUACCAAAGCCCUUGGAAAGCAUCCUGUCUCCUGCAAGGACACCCCUGGGUUUAUUGUGAACCGUCUGCUGGUGCCGUACCUUAUGGAAGCCAUCAGGCUGUACGAGCGAGGCGAUGCAUCCAAGGAGGACAUUGACACUGCCAUGAAGUUGGGAGCCGGCUACCCCAUGGGCCCAUUUGAGCUCCUUGAUUACGUGGGGCUGGAUACUACGAAGUUCAUCAUAGACGGGUGGCAUGAAAUGGAUUCGAAGAACCCCCUGUUUCAGCCCAGCCAGUCCCUGAAUCAGCUGGUAGCCGAGAAGAAGUUCGGCAAGAAGACCGGAGAAGGGUAUUACAAACACAAGUGAGGCGCGGCCCGGGAUUCAGGAAGGACUUCCACCUGCGAGUGCGCGCCGCGUGCCCGUGGGAGUGCUGUUGGGUGAGACGCAUCCUCACACAGUGCAGCCUUCAGUGUGCAUUUUGAUUGUGAUCUUUCUGAAGUAAUUAUGUACGCGACUUAGGGUAAUAAGAAAUUCUUCCAUGGAGAAUAAUUUUUGCCUUUUGUAAUCUGUUCAUUUCUCUGUGUUUUCUAAAAAGCUUUCCACCCUUGGUGCCUUGAAGCAGUGUUCUUUGGGACCUUGUCAUUUUCAUAAAGAAUUGGCCGAAUUCAUUUGCCUAUGAAAGGGAAGUACUUCCUCUGGGAGUGACAAUGCCCAGUGCUCACGGUGGCCGCGCUGGGGGCCUCAGGCCGUCGGCAGAUGCAGUGUGCCUGGGAAGGGGCCUGGGCAGCACCUAGGUCUCGCCUUCACAGAACACUUGGCCACCUGCAGCUCCGAGCCUUACCCUACCUCCUGGGCACCCGUGCGACGCUCUGUCUUCACUCAGGUCGUCAUGGAGAUAUGGCUGCUGUCCUGGAGGGGACCUCUCUGGGUGCUCCGUCUACAGGAAGAGGUCGGUUUUCCUGGUCUCUCAGAGCCACAGAGCUUCAUGAUCGCCAUCUGUCUGUCCUUCUCUCGUGAGAAAUCAGUGCUGCAAACUGCCUGUAAAUUGACUAAUAAAAUGCAAUCUUUUCAUCUGUAAAAAUCUGAAUUGAAAUAAACAUGUAUAACUUCA